CAUCCCCACUUCACUCUCCGCUACGAUCCCCUCCUCGCAAUCAACACACGCACAGCCACCGCCGCUCCUCCGCGCGCACGAGCUUUCCUGUCCUUCUCGAUCCUAGGCGGCAGCAGAAGCAAUGGGAGGCCUCUCCGUGAUCGCGCCGCCGGCGGGCGACUCGGCGUCGCCGGCGCACCGGCGCGCGCGCCGCGCGUUCCUGGUCUCCAACUACAUGAUCCUCGGCGCGGCGUCCGGGUGCGGCUUCCUCACGCUCUCGCUCCGCCUCGUGCCCUCCGUCGACGGCUUCCUCCUCAUCCUCCUCCACGCGCUCACCGUCGCCGCGGCCGUCGCCGGGUGCGCCGUCAUCGCGGCGCCCGACCCGCCGCGGGGCCGCGUCUACACCACCCACAUGGCCGGCACCGUCAUCGUCUCCAUCCUCCAGGGCGCCGCCGCCGUGCUCGCCUUCUCCCGCACAUCGGACUUCCUCGCCGACGGCCUCAAGUCCUACGUCCGCGAGGAGGACGGCGCCGUCAUCCUGAGGAUGAUCGGGGGGCUCGGCGUCGCCAUAUUCUGCCUCGAGUGGAUCGCGCUCGCCCUCGCCUUCGUGCUGAGGUACUACGCCUACGUCGACAGGGAAUGCGGCGGCAACCCGAUGCGCCGCAGCGCCAAGGUUGGCGGCGAAGACGGCGCCGGCAACUGGCCAUGGCCUUUCCAGGUGUGAUCCAUCCAAGAAUGGACUUGUGCGAGACAAAUGGGUGUUUGAGAAGCAAGAAGAUCUGAGAACUAUGAGUUCUUGGAAGAAAAAAAAAGUUAGUACUGUUUGGUGCAUUACUGCAUCGGGGGAUGGGAUAUUAUUCGUUUAUUGGGUUAGACUUGUACUACUAUUAUAUGAUAAUUAUGUUGUAAUGCAACUGUUGUGCAUCUAUAUUAUGUGAAAUUACAGUUCAUGGAUGGAUCCCCUU